UGGACAAUUGCAGUGUCUGUUGGGUCUUCUUUCUUGGUAGUACGAAAAACAUAACCUCUCUGAUACAACUAUAUAAGAUCAUAUUUUCGCCGGAAAAGAAAAAUGUAAACGAAUAUAACAAUUCUCUCAAAUUAUUGAACUAUUGAAAUUGUAAUAUUCUAGCCGGAAUUGGUGAUAGUAAUCGAGGACUUAUAGAACAUCAAUUCUGUUCAAAAUGUCGGUGAACGCAACUUUAACAAAAGUCACUGCAUUGGGAAAUCGUGUGCAGAGUACGGCAAGGCUUUUACUUCCAAUCGUUCGCAAUACGAUCGGAGCUUAUCAGCCUGUGCGAUUGCGAAGAGCAAAACACUGGCUUCCUCAAUGGAAGAAGCUAAGGGCAGCUAAAGUAAUAAAGGUCGACUUGCCUGAUUACCAUGAAGAAUUGACUGCUGAGCAGGAACGAUCUAAAAUGAAGGAAAGAGGAUUGCUACCAGCAAGACCGUGGAUGGAAAGACCCAUCUUCAUUAGCUGUACUGGUUCGAUUAUUGAGCAAUAUGUGCCACCAGAGGGAGAUGGAAAGUUUUCAGCUCUUUCCACAGCUGGAGCCAAACAAAAAGCCGAAUUUGUCACAAAAAAAGGAAAGACUCUCAUGGCUAUCAGGAAGAUUAAGAGCUAUGAAGAGGAGUUUAGUGUUAAGGAAUUUCCAGAUAAGGCACAAGAGAUUUAUAUAAAAGCUCACGAAGCUCUCGUAAAUAAAGACAAGGAUGCACUCAGGAUGUAUGUUACCGAGUUGGCAUAUCCGCAAAUGAUGCAUAAUGCGCAAGACAAAACUAUCCAUUGGAAAUUUAUCGAAUCGUUAGAACUGCCACGUGUUGUUGCAGUCAAGUCUACAAAUGUGAUAACAGACACGAAUUAUUUUGCACAAAUAACUGUUCGCUUCCACACACAACAGACUCUUGCAGUUUAUGAUCGUUUUGGACGAUUAAUGAGUGGCAGCGAGAUCGUGAAAAAGGAUGUGCUCGAGUACGUGGUGUAUGAAAAGCAUUUAUCACAUGAGUACGGUACUUGGCGUCUUCAUGGAAAAAUUUUACCUGCUUGGGCCCCUCCCAGAGAAUAUGGAGAAAGGACAUUUAUUGAAAAACCUCAAGAUCAGGAACCCCAAACAGAUUCUAAAGAAGCUGUUUCAACCGUUACUGGUAGCACAGAAGUAAAACCUCCAAUACCCGACAAAGAUUUACCGGAAGUUACAGCACGGCCAAUAGUAUGAAUGAAAAAGGCACACAAUGUACAUGAAAAAUUCGAAUAAAUGAGUUUGAAAACUCAAAUAUA